CCUAGCUGGCCGGAAGGGGCGUCACAAUGGCAGUCGGUCUCCAUGGCAACCUGGGACUGGAGGCGCGCGGCCCGCGCCGAAGGCCUGAGUAGUUUGCCGCGGGGUUCCGUCCUCUAAGGGGCGCGGCCUAGGCCGGGGAGGUGGCCUGGCUCUCAGAGAGAGCUCUGGACGCUCAGGAGACGAGGAAACUUCUAGAGGGCUGUGCACGGGAGGGUGGAAGGCCAGAGUGGGGCUGAGGGCUUGGGGGGCGGCAGAGCCAGCCUGACACUGCAGCUCAUGUGCAGCCCUCCCAGCCAGCUCGCAGACAAUGAACUUCCAGGUGGCAGGCCUGGGCCUGGACAAGAUGAAGCUGGAUAGUCCACAGCCCUUCCUAGACACAGAGGAGGGAGAAGAGGUGGAGGAUCAGCAACUGCUGGAGCCAGAGGCUUGGAGCACCUACACGGAGCGCCGCAACACCCUGCGAGAGUUCCUGGCCUCAGACCUGAGUCCCCACCUGCUCAGGCGCCACCAUGCCCGCAUGCAGCUGCUUAAGAAGUGCUCCUACUAUAUCGAGAUCCUCCCCAAGCACCUGGCUCUGGGCGACCAGAACUCCCUGGUGCUGCCCAACACCAUGUUUCAACUCAUUGACCCUUGGAAGUUCCAGCGCAUGAAGAAGGUGGGCACGGCACAGACCAAGAUCCAGCUCCUGCUGCUUGGGGAUCUGCUGGAGCAGCUGGACCGGGGUCGCCUAGAGCUGGACUCCCUGCUCGAGUCGCCGGACCCACGGCCUUUCCUGGCUGGCUGGGGGCUCGUGGAGCAGCGCCUGGCAGACCUGUCAGCCGUCAUGGACAACUUCCUGGCCAUGAUGGUGCCGGGCCGCCUGCAUAUCAAGCACCGGCUGGUGUCUGACAUUGGGGCCACCAAAAUCCCACAUAUUAGGCUCAUGCUGAGCACCAAGAUGCCGGUCAUGUUUGACCGGAAGGAGUCGGUGGCUCACUGGGACUGGGUCAGCCUACGCUGGUUUGUCACCAUCCAGCCAGCAGUGCAGGAACAGUUUGAGCUGCGCUUCAAGCUGUUGGAGCCGCGGACACAGCAGGAAUGCAUGCAGUGUGGUGUCAUCCCUGUAGCAGCCUGCACCUUUGAAGUCCACAACCUGCUGCCCAAUCGCACCUACAAGUUCACUGUCAAGAGGGCGGAGAGCUACACACUGGUGUACGAGCCCUGGCGGGACAGCCUCACACUGCAGACCACUCCGGGGCCCCCUGAGGGGCUCACCCCCAGUCAGCUGGGCAAGCCCAGCCUGCCCCUGCCUGCACCUACUGAGAGAUGAUUUUCUAAUAUUUACCCACUAAUAAAGAGUAUACAUACACUGAAUUAA